GUAAAUACUCUAUUUAUUGAAUGUUGUUGUCACUACGCGUGUGUUAGCGUCGCUUCGAGCUAUCGGGCGGCCCUCUGCUAUCGUUUGUGGUUAUUUGGAAUAUACGCAUGUUGCAGGCACGAAAUGGGUAUGGAAUUGAAGUGGAACUUGCCAGUGGUGCCGACCAUGCACGUUUGAGUGCUUGCGAUCUUUUUGUUUGGAAAUAUAAAGAAAGCUCUAGGUUAGUCAUUUAGAAUUCAGAAUGUCAGGAUGGGAGCCUUUCCAAGGAAACGACGAUAGGGGAAGUCAUUUAGGUCGAAAUCUGAUGAGCGACAAGGGCAAAAAGAGUUUCAACCAGAAGAUAUCUUGACAUUGCGGGCUUAUAACAUUUCUCGCAUUCAGCCUAGUACUACCAAAAUAUUUUACAAUCUUAAGAUCAGUUUCAUUUUGAGAUCAUGGUAUAAUUGCGGAAUUAGUGAGACUGAAUACAGCUAAAUGGAACAACUGCUACAAGAUAGCAAAAUUACUUGGAUUCCUUUCGAACGGACUGAAACUGAUCUCGCAACAACCAUUAGAGAGCUAAAAUAAUUAAAUAGCUAAGUCCCCGUUUUAGUGAGGCAAAGUAAUUGAAUUUCUGAGACAAACGAACCGAGUAAUUACAACAAGGUAACUCAGUAAUUGAUAUGGAAGUGGGUUACCUGGAAUAGAAUGACAGUAGACCUAUGAGACGUUAAGAAUUCCUGCAACGUAUUGACGAGAAUAAGAUGAAAGGGUAACAAAACGGCUACACAAAACCUAAACUGGGGGUUUAAUACAGGUUUCAAUUCGUUUCAUAUUCAUUUAGAAAAUACAACGACAGUGUUCAAAACAGUUAUUGCAUUUUGCAACAAACGUGUGACAAGUCCAGGAGGUAACUAAGCAACGGAUAAAUAAGGUGUUUAUAGCCACUGAAAGUGCCUAUAGAUGAAUCGAUGCCUUCGCUGCUAUACAGGUCGAAUAACGACGGUCGCUUGGUUUUGAUUAACUCAAAACCGUGAAAAUGAGCUAAUUUUUGUUCGAUAAAUGUAUUUCUUGUUGAUUCUGGGGAAGAACAUAAUCGUAUCAUGGCCUUUUGAAAUACAACAAUCAACAUCAUGGCACGUCCAAGGUCCGUUUUCAUGGAAUACACUUUUGAAUACCUUGUAGCAGUAGUAGUAGUAGACGGACAUAGAUGUACUAUUCGCAUUGGGAUUUUCCUCAAAGGUGCGUUGUUAUCAUUUAUUUAUUUCUUGGAAUCGAUGCUAAUAGUAGCUAAAUAUAAAGAUGAGUCGUGUGUCAACAAUAAAUGCAGGUACAGUCCGGGCGUGCGUUCUUCAUAGUGUUUAUUGCUUGAUUGAUUAUAACAUGAUAAUUACAAUGACAUUGUAAACACAAGCGAUAUCAUGUCGUUAGUUGCAUUCGGGUAUUUUCGAGUAAGUUAGCUGCGCAGUAUUUUGUAUAAUCAGAUAUAGCUAAUUUGCUCCAUUGUUGCAGGCCCUUUUGAUAUCACGAAAAUGCAUAUAAACGCCCGAAAGAUGAGGAAAAUGUUUGGUCCGCUUGUGCUUGAAAAAGUGGUUGCUGGUCGCAUCGUUGUACAUGUUUUCGACCCGCAGGAUAUGGAAACAGUGUUUAGAAACGAGGGACGUUACCCAACUAGACUAAGCCACCGCGCACUCCUACGCUAUCGGCAACAACGGCCCGAGCAAUACAGAAAUGGAGGACUUUUCCCAUCAAAUGGAGCAGACUGGGCUGAGAUGCGAAACAAAUUUCAGGUUCCUCUGAUGCGGCAAGGUCACAUGGAAAUGUACCGAGAUAAACUUCAUGAGUCGGCUGAAGAUUUGAUCGAUUUAUGCAGCAACCAGCAAUACUUUGAUGGCAAGAAAGAUCUCACACCGCUGCUUUACCGAUGGGCCCUUGAGUCGACGGGGAUUAUAGCACUUGACGGUCGGUUGGGCUGCUUAGAAGCCUCGUUUAAUGACCGCCCUCAACGCCUUGUAGAGGCAAUUGCAGAAACUCUCAAUGUGACAAUGUUAACUGAGAACGGAUUACAAUUUUGGAGGUAUUGGGAUACACCGAUCUACAAGAAGCUUGUCAAAGCACAGGACACCAUGGCCGAAAUUGUUAACGGUUUUUUAAAAGAGCAUCCUCCAACGUCCAACACCACGGAAACGGCAACAGUUCUUCAACAAUUCCUCGCACUGCCUGGCGAUAAACGCGAUGUAUACACAAUGAUUAUGGAUCUUUUCCUGGCAGGAAUUGAUACGACAGCUUAUUCAAUGAUCUAUCUACUGUAUCACCUUGCAUCGCAUCCAGAAUGCCAGGAACGCCUUCGUAAGGAGCUGCUAUCUCUUCAAGCUCGGUUGGGCCCUCGACCAACUUGCCGCGCUCUAGAGGGGUGCACGUACCUUCGAGCGUGUACUCGUGAGAGUCAUCGCCUUUUGCCGAUUGCACUUGGCACAGGCCGUAUACUCGAGUCCGAUAUCAUUUUAUCAGGCUACAACGUACCGGCAGGGGUAUGCCUUGUUCAGCUUUUUUACUGCUGA